AUAUGAUUUGGGACCGAGUUUAACAUUUCUUUCCGGAAACAAUAACUCGUCCCAAAGAGAAGAGAUGGCUUCCGCACUUGAAUCGUAUGUAAAUCAUACUGUGUCUAUAGUGACAGCUGAUGGCAGAAUUAUCGUGGGCACAUUGAAGGGUUUUGACCAGACCAUUAACUUGAUCCUGGAUGAAAGUCAUGAGCGUGUGUACAGCUCUUCCCAAGGUGUGGAGCAGGUCAUACUGGGACUAUACAUCAUCAGAGGGGAUAAUGUUGCUGUGAUAGGGGAGAUCGAUGAUGAUACAGAUGGUGGACUGGACUUCAACAAUAUCAAAGCAGAACCUCUUAACUCUGUUAUGCACUGACCCCUGUCAUCUGACCUCAUCUUCAUUGUCAUUUCAUUCUUCAUUGAGGAAAACAUCCAAGAGGACCAUGUUAAUAGUUGACAUUCAUUUAGGAGAUUUUCAUGAAGUUUCUGAAGUAGGAUAUCAAAAGUCAAAUUACAAUUUAUAAGUAAUAUAAACAUUGUAGGUCUUUUUACUAUAAACUUCGUAGAUUUAAGUCAGUAGCCAUACUUAAGUAAUUAAGUAGAAGGAUUUGAGAAAUUAUCUUCUUUAAUACAAUCUUAUUUGUGUAAUCACAUUAAGUCCUUAAAUGGAUAAGAAACUGUGAAUGGAAAAAAUCUCCUCCUAAACCCUCUUUUUGUGAAAUGUUUCCUUUAAGAAAUGAUACAAAAUUAUUUCUUUGGUAAUAAGUACUCUUUAAAACUUCUAUAAAUACUGUAUCUGAUAUCCUGGCUUCUGCCUUUAGGACUAUAACAUCUGUAGAUUGCCUACAAAAUACCUUCAUUGGUUGAAUUGUUAUCAUUGUGAAGAUAUUGUGAUUUUUGGAAAUAGUUGUACGAGAAAAUCUAUGAAAUCUCUAUAAUGUGUUGAAGUUUGAAAAACUGUUCAUUUAAGAAUUUACAUUAAGUUUACAUCUAACAUCUUCAUUGUCACAUUUAAGUUCAUCAAGAGAAUGUUGAAAUUCUACACAUCUACAAAAAUAACAUUUAGAGUGCAUGAAAGUGUGUUUCAAAUAUGUAAGAAAAUCUGUGUGUAAGGGCUGGAUCAGUUUGAGAGAUGUAAAAGUUUAAUUUCUGAUUAAGUAAAUCAUGUUCACAAACAUUUGUAUUUUGGGAAAAGUUAAUCUGAAUGAACAGAAUUUUAUUGUUGUAAAUAAACUAUUUUAAAAACAA